GCCUUAAGGAGUAAAAGAGAAAAAAGCAUACUUGGGAAAAAUUAUACCUGCCAGAAUUAGCAAGAGUGUGUGUCAAGAAAUUUGUCAAAUUCAACAAAUUGAAGCUUAACACCUUAAAAGUUGUAGUUACUGACCAGAAAUAUGGACAGACUUCUUAGACUUGGAGGAGGUAUGCCUGGAUUGGGCCAGGGGCCACCUACAGAUGCUCCUGCAGUGGACACAGCAGAACAAGUCUAUAUCUCUUCCUAGGCACUGUUAAAAAUGUUAAAACAUGGCCGUGCUGGAGUUCCGAUGGAAGUUAUGGGUCUGAUGCUUGGAGAAUUUGUUGAUGAUUACACCGUCAGAGUGAUUGAUGUGUUUGCUAUGCCACAGUCAGGAACAGGUGUCAGUGUGGAGGCAGUUGAUCCAGUGUUCCAAGCCAAAAUGUUGGAUAUGUUGAAGCAGACAGGAAGGCCUGAGAUGGUUGUUGGUUGGUAUCACAGUCACCCUGGCUUUGGUUGUUGGCUUUCUGGUGUGGAUAUCAACACUCAGCAGAGCUUUGAAGCCUUGUCGGAGAGAGCUGUGGCAGUGGUUGUGGAUCCCAUUCAGAGUGUAAAAGGAAAGGUUGUUAUUGAUGCCUUCAGAUUGAUCAAUGCUAAUAUGAUGGUCUUAGGACAUGAACCAAGACAAACAACUUCAAAUCUGGGUCACUUAAACAAGCCAUCUAUCCAGGCAUUAAUUCAUGGACUAAACAGACAUUAUUACUCCAUUACUAUUAACUAUCGGAAAAAUGAACUGGAACAGAAGAUGUUGCUAAAUUUGCAUAAAAAGAGUUGGAUGGAAGGUUUGACACUUCAAGACUAUAGUGAACACUGUAAACACAAUGAAUCAGUGGUAAAAGAGAUGUUGGAAUUAGCCAAGAAUUAUAAUAAGGCUGUAGAAGAAGAAGAUAAGAUGACACCCGAACAGCUGGCAAUAGAGAAUGUUGGCAAGCAGGACCCCAAACAUCAUUUGGAGGAACAUGUGGAUGUACUUAUGACUUCAAACAUUGUCCAGUGUUUAGCAGCUAUGUUGGAUACCGUCGUAUUUAAAUAAAGCAAUGGAAAAAGCAAAAAAUAAAUAAAUAAAUAAAUA